GUUCCCACAGCCAGCGUCACCAUAGAAGGAGCUUCUGCCCUCAACCGUGUCCGCUGGGCCCAGGCUGGGAAGGAGGUAGCAGUUGGUGAUUCAGAAGGCCGCAUAUGGAUCUACGAUGUUGGAGAGCUGGCUGUUCCGCAUAACGACGAAUGGACCCGCUUCGCUCGGACCCUGGUGGAGAUCCGCGCCAACCGAGCAGACAGCGAGGAGGAAGGGGCGGUGGAGCUGUCGGCGUAGAGGAGGAGCAGCGCCCGCCGCCCGCCGAGCAGCUUUCCCCUGCCGAGUACGCCGCUGUUCAGUGUCAGAGUCGGUCUCGCCGUGGCUUUCGAUGCCCCUGUACGUGCCAGUAUUGCUCCGAGCAUUCCAUAUUAAUCCCGCUGCUUUACCCAAGGCUGAAAAUAUCCAGAGCAUUUUCAUACUUUAUAUUUCUGUCUGAAAAGUAAGAAAGAAGACAAAUCAACCCUUUAUGGGUUUAGUUGUUGCCUUUUAACUACUUAGUAGCUGUAUUUAAUAGCUAGGAACCCCCGGUUAAACUUGUGCUCACGUUGCCCUUCUGGCACAGGCCUAUUAAAGCCAUAUGAAGCCAGAUAUGAUUAUGUGCAGAUGUGCCGUGCUUCACUGGAUGGGGCUGGGCCAAAGACGUUAGAUGUGGUGUUUCACAUGGUGACUUACAUUAUGAAUGGAUGUACUAUACGAAAGCUGCUGCUCCUUAUUUAUUGCGGUGUGCUGCAUGGAACAUAUUUAUUUGAAAGCAUUAAAAUAAAUGAUCCUAAAGCAUGUGCAUAACGAGAGAACUGCAUCGUCUGUGUGCUGCUGUAGAGGUUACAGUGAAGUCCACAUAACAAUUACUGUACAUGGGUUGGGCUUAGGAUGUAAGAUCCAUAAAGGUUGGCUUGAGUGGAUGGAAUGAGUUCCCUUUCCUUUUUUUUUUCUUUCUUCCUUAAGAUGCCUAUUAUUUCUAGGCACUUUAACUAUAUUUCACGUACAGUUGGUCACCGAUACUUGUCAUGCAAGUUAACACUAACAGUCUGACAAAAGGUUGUGGUUCCCGAGUACAACAUGAGUAUUGCCAAUAAAACCUAUCAAGCCCGUUC